AUGCUCUUGGCUUAUUUUAAAAGUGGUGAUAUUGCUAACGCUAGGAUCUUGUUCGAUAAGACUGAUGAUAAGGAUGUUAUAGUUUGGAAUGCUAUGUUAGGUGGGUAUGUACAAUGUUGUCUUCCUGAUAAAGCUCUUGAGCUAUUUCGAGAGAUGCAGAAUUCGAAGGUUAUUCCUAAUGAAGUAACUCUAAUCAAUGUGCUAUCUGCUUGUUCGAUGAUGGGUUGUGUAGAAUUUGGGGAGUGGGUUCAUGCUUAUAUCGAGAGGCAAUUUGGGGUUCUCAGCAACUCGACUGUGAAUAAUUCUCUUCUUAAUAUGUACUCUAAGUGCGGCAGGUUGGAUCUAGCAUUUGAAUUGUUUCUAGUUAGUCAAUGUAAGAAUCUUGAAACUUGGAACACCAUGUUGACUGGUUUCGCCAUCCACGGGCAUGCAUCUGAGGCUCUGUCGCUCUUCUCGCAAAUGAUUAAGCUAGGCUCCCUGCCUGAUAGCAUUACCUUCGUCGUGCUUGUGAUGGCUUUUUGCCACAGAGGAAUGGUUGAUGAUGCUCGUUGUUGCUUCAAUUGCAUGACUACAUUGUACGGUAUUGAACCAGAUGCCAAGCAUGUUAAUUGUAUGGUCGAUGUUCUUUCUAGAGGAGGGUAUCUUGAUGAGGCAUAUAUACUUAUCGAAAACAUGCCAUUUGAAGGCGAUACAUAUGCUUGGGGUGCGUUAUUAAGUGGUUGUUUCACUUACAAAAAUUAUGAGCUUGGAUUGAAUGUUGCGAGGAGACUUCUAGAACUUGAACCAAGGGCAGAGGGGAGAUAUGUAGCUCUUUUGAAUCUUUAUAGCUUGGUUGGUAGAAUUGAGGAUGCUAUAAAGUUGAGGAAGAUGAUGGAUGAGAUGGGUAUUAAGCAGUCGUCGGGGAUAAGUGUGAUUGAGGUUGAUGGUGUUUUUCAUGGGUUCAUAGCAGGGGAUAGUUCACAUGCGGAGUCGAAGGAUAUUUAUACUAUGAUUCAUAAUAUUUUACCAAAUUUGGAUGUUAAUGGUCAACUAUGUUAA